GACGCUACAGCAGUCCGCUAACACUGCAGUGCAGCAGCCAACCAGCAACCAGCUAGCCGCUCUCGGAGAAAUAUGGAUGAAAUAACGACACAAGUCAACGGCUGUCAGACUGACCCCCUCCACAUGGGCCCGUAAACAUGUCCACAGAUGACAGCGUCUCUGAGGAUGUUUCCAGCUCGGGGGCUUUGAGCCAUUGCCACGUCAGCGCCGAUGGAGAUGCGGGGAAGGAGAGCGAGGCCUCUCUGGUGUCCUCCGAGGGCACGUCGGCCUCGGGGAGGCUGGCCGUCCUGGAGGAGAGGCGCCCCGACUCCCAGACCACCGGCGGCCCUGUGGAGACCAGAGCCCUGGACAUCACACCAGCAUGCAACAAAAUCAGAAGUCUGUGUUUGAGCACGGAUGAAGCGUUUGAGCAUGAGAAGCACCUCCCAUUCAUCAACCCCAGCUCCCUGGAGACCCUCCGGGCCCUGGUGCACGAGAUCCAGAGCAGCGGCGAGACCGACCCCGAGAUGUGGAAGGACUGCGAGAGCCGGUGGCUGCAUCUGUUUCAGCUGGUCGAAAAGCAAUACCAAGAGCAAAUCCUCGCUCAGCAAGAGCAGUACCAGUGCCAAAUACAACUGAUUCAGGAUGAGAUUAAGGCUCUGGUUCAGCUCCAGAACCGGCAGGCCUGCGUUCAGCCGCACGCCGACUUCUCCCCCGCCCCGCUGGCCACGAGCACCGCCAACACCAAGGACUUUAUUUUUCCCAUUUCCCUCAAAACGGCGCCGGCUGACAGCGAGGCCCCGGCGGCCCCCGGCCGUUCUCCCGUCAGCUCCCCCUCCUCCCCCCCUCCUCCCCCCAGAGCGGAGCUCCACAUCCAGGGGGAGGAGCGGGCCACCACGGUGCUCAGCAGCGGCUACGGCACGCUGGGCGCCUGGGAAACGGGCCUGGAAACCGCCGAGGGCCCGGGGGAGGACGGGGAGGAUGAUCAAGGGAGACCCCAGAGCCUGUGGGGGACCCCCCCCCACCAGGACACAGCAGGGAUCGGACCCCAGCAGGACGUUUCCAAAGAGAAGGAUGGUCCACAUCAGAAAGGCUCUGGCACCAGCCAGCAGCUGACCUCCUGGGCCCAGAGGCAGAAGCUCAGGCCCAAGAAGAGCAAGGCGGGACCAGUUCCAGCCCAGACCCCGGAGGCCCAGGGCCGGCCCGGCGGCCUCAGAGAGUCCGGCAGACGCACGCCGCCGGACAGCACCAACUCCCCGGACGAGCAUCGACCCGCCGGGCCCCCAUCCAGCUCCUUUUCCCUCCGGAGGAGCGACAGCCUGAUGUCCGAGGCUUCAGGCCUCACAUACUGGCGUCUGAACGAGUGUGAGCUGUACCGGCCGCUUCCAGACAGCUUAGACAGCGGCGCCUACCUCUUUCUACAAGAGGCCUCCACGGGUCUGACUCCGCCUCCGGAGCCCCGGAUCUCCCUCAGAGAGAUCUAUCAGAACAAGCAGAAGGAUUGUACGCAUCCGGACUGGGAGGGCUCGCUCACCUCCAGCCCGCUGUCGCCGCAGGUGUUCGCGUUGGACCCGGCGGCCACCGCGCGGCAGUCGGACCGCACCUCCGGCUUCACCUCGCCCUCCCACUUCAGCAGCCCCUCCUUCGCGGCGCAGCCCAGACUGGGGACCCCCGGGACCCCCGACAGCAUGGCGGGGAGCCCCAACCCCGGAGACACGGACUGUAUCUCCGACAGUUCCAGUGCUUCGGCCUCCAGGGAACCGGCUAACUCCCGGGAACCAGCCUCCAGGGACCCUACCUCCAGGGAACCAGCCUCCAGGGGCCUGGCCUCCAGAGGCCUGGCCUCCAGGGACCCCACCUCCAGGGACCCCACCUCCAGGGACCCCACCCCCCGGGGCAUGGCCCGGUCCCCCUUGGGGGGCGUGGCCCGGCCCCCCCAGCAGCGGCGCCCCAGCGCCCCCUUAGCCAGCGAGGAGGAGGGCAGCCGCACACACACCAGCACCCUGAAGCCCGGGUCAGCCUCCAUCGGCCCUCACCCGGAGGGAGCUUCGUCCUUAGAGGACCCCGUCGUCCUUUCCCUGCUGAGGCAGAACCUGAGGGAGAAGCACUCCCGACAUGUGGCCGACCUGAAGGCGUACUACGAGUCCGAGAUCCAGGUCCUGCGGGACAAGCUCAAGCUUAGAGAUCUGCCUCAAGAUUUAGAGAAGAGCAACCAGGCGCUAACUGAAAGGUGUAAACAUCUGGAGAAGGCUCUGGCAGACGCCACCGGCCGCGUGCAGGAACUGGAGGCGGCCAACAGCUCGCUGGAGAAAAAACUGGCGGAGUGGCCGGAGCGCUACGCGGUGGCGGGCGCGGCGGUGAAGUCCCUGCAGCAGCGGCUGGAGGAGGGAAAACGGUCGGGCAGAGAGAGGGAGGCGCAGGCGGCGCGGCUGAAGGCGCGCGUGCGGCAGCUGGAGGAGGAGGAGCAGAAACAACGGCGGGAGGCCGAGGAGAGGGAGGCCAGCAGGGAGCAGGAGCACAAGAUGCUCCAGGACCUGCUCGGAGAAUACGACUCUGUGAUGAACGAGCACGAGGCCGUGAAGAACAAGCUGCUGUCUGCAGAGAGCAAGCUAGUGGACGCCGGCGAUCACAUUUCUGAGCUGAAAAGGGUCAUCUCUAAGCUGGAGUCUCAGGUGAAGCAGCUGGAGCACGAGAACCAGGCCAGGCUCAGAUUCGCGUCCCACAGUAACACGCAGCCCUCCGGGGCCGGCCUUUUCCACCACCCGGACCUGCUGCUGUCGCCCAGUAAGAGCAAACCGGAGCCCGACGUCACCCGCAGGAAGUCUCCCUGUAACCUGUCCGAGCAGCUGGGCGGGGGCCGGCGGUCCCAGCCGGGCGCCCGCCGGAGGCCCCCCCCCCCCGCGGGCGACCACUCGUCAGGGACGGGCAGCUCCGUGGACGCCUCCUCAGCCGGGGGGGGCUGGAGGUGUGCGUCUCCCCCGGAGUGCGAGCAGAGCGGCGGGCAGCGGGAGGCGGGUUGGAGGGACGGGUCCAGCCCGCUGACGCCCGUGAUGAGGGCGCUGAUCGAGCUGGAGGAGACCAAAGCCACGGAGGGCCGGGCCCCCUGGGGGGGCCACCAGAGGACCACGAGGAGUCUGUCCCCGGAGGGCCACAGGUCCUCCUCCCUGCCCCCCCCCGCUCACAGAAACCUCCCCCCGGCUACGCCCACAAAGAGAGAAACGCUGCUCACGCCCAUGUCCGCAAAGUCCAGCCCCAAACGCUGCCCCACAGAGAACUACUCCACAGCCUUCGGCCACCUGAUGCCACGGGAGGAGCACCUGCUGCAAAGGCAGGACGGAGCAGCUGAUAAGAGGAGGCACUCGAUCCACAGCAGCAGUCCCAGAAAGAGACUCCAGUUCCCGUCGGCUGAAAACGACGACCUCCUGGAGCAGGCGUCCCCGGGCUGUGUGAUGGCCCUGGGGGGGGAGCAGCGGGGGGGCGGUGGACCGGACCUGCUGGACUCCUGCGAGGACUCGGGUCCGCUGACCCUCAGCCGGCCGCAGUCUCUGGCCGAGGCCGAGAGGCUGUUCGACGAGCUGACGCAGGAGAAGCUGCAGAUUGAGGCGGCUUUGAGCCGGAUGCCUGUAGCCGGCGGCAGAGUGAGUCUGCAGUCGCGUUUGGACGAGGUGGCCUUGGAGAAUCGUCUGGAGAGACUGAACCGUGAGCUGGGAUCCAUCCGAAUGAUCCUGAAGAGAUUCCACGUCCUCCGAUCUUCUGCCAACAUUUAGCCCCGCCCCUCCGAUCGCCCCCCCCUCUCACCUGUACAGCGAGGACCCCCCCCCCCCGACCCCC